GUCUCUUGCCCGAAACUGUGCAGCGCCAAUAAAUGCUAAAGAUGGUGCUGAAGCAAAGAAUUGGCGAGAUGGCAAGCCUGUGCGAGUGAUCAGGAGCUUUAAAGGUCGAAAGCAUUCCAAGUAUUGUCCUGAAGAUGGCUACCGCUACGAUGGAAUAUACAAGUUGGUGAAGUACUGGCCUGAAAAAGGCAAGUCUGGUUUCCUCGUCUGGCGCUACUUGCUUCGAAGAGAUGACAAGAGUCCCGCCCCUUGGACGGCAGCUGGCAAGUUAGCUGCUGAGAAACUGGGUCUUUGCAUGCAGUAUCCUGAAGGCUACCUGGAGUCUCAAGAUGGUGAUGCAAACAAUUCUGGCUCAGAAAAUGAUGCUACAGCUGCUAAAGGAAAAGGCAAACGGUCUAGAGCAAGCUCUGGUGAAGAUGUGGCUACUCCAAAGAAGCGACGAGCCAGCAGUGGGCAGCACGGAAGUUCCUGGGCACUGGAAGCAUCGGUGUGCAAGACAAUAGAAGCAGAUAAAUGCAACAAGCGGCUCUGGAGUGAAUGCUUGGCAAUGACAUCAGCAGGCCGGGUGGCUUUCCUGGAUCGUGUUCAAACAGUGUUCACAUGUGUGUGCUGCCAAGAACUGGUCUGCCACCCUGUGACAACACCCUGCAACCAUAACCUCUGCCAGAGCUGUUUGCAGAGGUCUUUCAAGGCUGAGGUGUUCAGCUGCCCAACGUGCCGCCAGGAACUGGGUAACACUUACACUCUGUUGGUCAACAAGUCCCUGCAGAAAACACUGCAGGCACUUUUCCCAGGAUAUGAGAAUGGACGAUGAGUGGGUUUAGGGCAGUGUUCUACUUAUGCCUGCAUUAUAUUGCUAACCUGCGCUGAGGGAGGUGGUUAAAUUUGAUCACACAACAUGCAUUUACUGUAAAGCAACGUAGAGGUCCAAAAAGGAAGCAAACUUGGCAUAAUGUGAAGUUUGUAAGAUCUUUCAAAGGGGGGAUAGUAGGACCAGUUUGCUGUUUUUCACUGAAUCUUAGCUGUGUUUUUACUUAGGAAUGUUAGAAUCUUGUUUGUGUCAAAGACUGCUUUAUUGUAUGCUUGUUCUGUUUAUAAACUUGUUUUUGUUAGCAUGUUUCAAAAUUUUGAACGCCUGUUUUAUACUCAAUGUCUGCUUACUAAAGCCAUGUUGCCUCAGUUUGUGUUUUCAAUGUAUGGUGAAGUUUUAAAGUCACUAAAUAUGUUUUAUAUUAGCUUUUUUUGUAGCAUGAAAUCCAACGCAUUUAAGAAAUGUCACUGAAAAGUGAAUUUUGUGUUUGUGAAGUCCAUUGGUGACAUUUAAUGGUGUUUGGCCUUAUGCUUAAAUAAUAACUGGCACACAUGAUGUGCUUGCAUGCUCUCUGUACUGUAGUACCUACGAGUACAAAAUGAUGAACAAUAUGUUAGGAGACCGAUAGCCUCAUGUAGGAAGGCAUGUAUGUACAAGUUGACUGUUCUGUGGGAUCGAGUCUUUUACCUUUUUUUUUGUUACCACAUUGCACAGUAUCACCUGUCUCGGUACUGUAAAUGUGCUCACACACAAUCAUUUUGAUUAAUGCUACUUGUAAUCUGGGUAAAUGCUAAGUUUGCCUUUCUAUUUCUGCUUUGUGACAUGGCAUCACAAGUAGCAAAUAGUACUGUACCUUAGCAAGGAACUGUUUUUUAUAUUGUGUAAAUAUCUGAGCUUAACUUUUUGACAAUAAAUGGUACAUUUACACUGCAUGUCAUGCUGAAUUACCAGGAGGAACCAAAGGUCAGGCCAUAUAGCAUAUUGGCUGUUAUUACAAAAUUGUGCAAUGUUAAAAAUAAGAAGAGCUGCUGAUUUGUGGUAAUGCACAAGGCCUAAUAAAUCAUUUUUUUAUGAUCCUCCAAGAGAUGAAAAAAACUGCACUUUUGACACUCAGUGUAGAAUCCUGGUAUUGAUGUUAAACUAUGUUUGCUGUGCUGAUUCUGUGACUAAAUCCAUGGCAUGCUGUUGCUACAAAGCCCAGUGUCUGAAUUUUACAUGUUUGCAUUUUUUCCAUUGUUGUAGCCUAUUGUGCUUUAUCUUUAUGUAAUAUUUGACUCUUUUGAAAAGUAAGGGAAGGGGCGAGCAUUUUUAACGUUUUUAAAGGGACCGACAACUGGCGAGAACGUGUGAUUAGAUCAUGGUGGAAAUAGAAGGACCUUGAUUUGUCGUGACAGAUUCUAGCAUCUUUUUCAUGAUAAGAGUAUGAUUUAUAUUUUUAAAUCACGUUUAAAAGUAACAAAAAUCAGGUA